GAGCUAAGUAGGUUUUUUAAAGAAAUUGUGAGUGUCUUUACCUGCAUGGAGGCAGUGGGUCAUGUAACGUUAUGCGAAACAGCAGCAGAGGUUAAGUGUUGAGUAACAAAACGGAAAAACAAAAGCCCCCCCAUCCUUUCUCUCGGGGUUUUGUUUUCCAUGUCAGCAGGCAGCCAGGCUCCAUUUACGGGUGUUUGAUUUUUUUUAAAAUUAUCUUUAUGAAAAGGAAAAAUGCAAAUUGUGGAAAGAGGUUUUACACUUUCUGCCCUGGUCUCUCCCAGCUUUUCCUAUGAUGUCAUGGGGAGGGAGGGUUUUAAAGUUUUUGGGUGAUUUACGGCCUCCCUGGGGAGCUGCGGGGCGGGGUUACAGUGAUGUAAACACGGAUAAAAAUGGGCCUCACUGCCGGUCGGGGGUCAGUCUGGAAGAAUUAACUUACACUACAACACGUUUUGGCGUUGCUGCUGUUGGGAAUUACCACUUACUGAGACGGAGCUGCUUUAACCCCACUACUGGCUCAGUUUCUCUGGAUUUAAACUGCGCCACCUCUCUGAUUUCGAUUGUGUUGUAUCUUCUCCCAGAUCUGCAAGCAAAGAUGUUGCAAAGCUUCUCUCAAUCGCAAGACUGGCUUUACUCUGAACCGCUGCUGUUUGACGAUGAUUUCUGCCAGAGUUUGAUGAAGGACCUCCAGUCGCUGCCUACACCCCCUCAGUCCCCCCCAACUAAUGCUGGGCAGGGCGUUAGUAAGCCCCUAUCCAAGGAGGACCAGCUGAGCUAUGUAUCGGACAUCCUGCUGGAGGACCACGACAUGCAGCUCACCUGGAACUGCGACUUCUUCCACUCAGAUGCUGCCGAGAAGGACGACGAGCCCAGCCAGCGCUGCUCCCCCCAGGAGGAGAGUGGCGAGGACUGCCUGUGGCGGUGCCUGGCAGGGGACAAGAGCCUGGAGGAGAAGCUGGUCUCCUCCAUGCUCGGCUCCAGCCCACUGCUGUCUGAGAUCCACACCAGCAUAUUUGAGGAGAUUGCCGGCUCCACGCUGGACUGCCAGAACCUGAUGGAAACUCAGGAGUCCAGCGAGGCCACAUCAGACUAUGGGUCAACCGGUGGCGAACUGUCCACCUAUUCAUCCAGUGACUCUGAGGAGGAGAUUGAUGUGGUAACUGUGGUGCGCUGUUCCUCCAGCCCCUCCCCUCGGCCCUCAUUGGCUGACCUGUCUGUCCGGCAGCAGAAGCAGGAAGAGGAGAAGCGAGCUCUCCAGCGUCACCACUUUGAGAUCCAGCUGCAGCACAACUACGCUGCACCGUGUCCCGCCUCCCCGCCACCUUCAUCCUCUUCAUCUUCAAACAAGCGCUCGCGAGGCAGCGACAGCUCACCGCGCUUCCACCACUCUUCUCGCAGCUCUUCUUCUUCAUCAUCACGGUACCACCACCACUCGUCCCGAAACUCAACAGAGACGGAGGAUGAGGAGGAGCGGCGGCGGACACACAACGUGAUGGAGCGCCAGCGGCGUAACGAGCUCAAGAACUGCUUUGUGCACCUGCGCGACAACGUGCCGGAGCUGUCGCACAAUGACAAGGCGUCCAAGGUGGUGAUCCUGAAGAAGGCCCGAGACUGCAUCUACGGCCUGGAGGAGGAGAACCACAGACUGCAGUCAAAGAGGGACAAACUCCGAGCUAAACAGGAAGAGCUGAAAGCCAGGCUGUCGCAGCUUCGCAGCUAAUGGUGCAGGAGCGAACCAUGGGCUCGGGAUGGGGGGGGGAGAGACUUUGUACAAAGACAAAUGGUUGAGUGGGGUUAAAGGAUGGCGUGUCAUGCUGCGCACAAAGUCGGACAUUUCAAAGACUUUCUUGUAAUGAUAUUUGGACUGUACUCAAACACAAUAUACUCAUUGCCUCAGAAAUGAUCAUUCUCAUGCCUUGACUGCUGACUGUUGUAGAAAGUAGGAUGUUUUUUAAAGUUUAAAUGAGGGCGGAGUGAGCAGAUUUCUAUUUUUUAAAGCUUUGCUGAAUGCACACUGAAAGUCUAUUUGUUUUUUGUUUCUUUAUUACAUCCCAUUUUGAUGGGAUACCAAAUAGCACAGGUGAAAAUGACGCAAGGCAGAAGUGCCUGUAGGGUCAAAUAACUGUAAGCCACAUCAGCUCAAUAGUUGAAUAAAACUUGAAUAUUGUGUGUUCAGUGUCUUAUAGCCAUACUAACCAGUGAUCCCUCCACUCUGACAGGCCUUUGAUAGUGGCUUCUAAGUUAUUUGGUCGACUGCACUUCUGCCAGUUCCAGUUAAAUUCUAAACCUGAUGCUAUUUUUUUUUUUUUUUGGAUCAGGAUAAAAGGUUGUUCAGUGUGUGUUCAUGCCUGUUUGUCCUCAGGCGGACCCUUGGGCCCGACACCAAUCUGUUAUCAGGAUAAUUUUUGUCAAUGACAGUACUGUAUAGACCCGGUUUGAUGCUGUACACAUAACAAUGCUCUGCCUCGGUUCAGUUCACCACCAGCUCAGUCACUUCGGAGUAUGUGUGUGUGUUUUCUGGAUUUGAAAAAUCCUGGAAAGUACUUGUAUUAAAGUGUGUGUGUCCUUAAUUAACUGUUUGAAUUUAAAAGUAGCCAUAUUAAACAGCAUUCAGGUUGUGAGGAGACUGAGCUGGAAAGCGAACUGAAUUGUGAGCCGUGCUGUUGUAGCAAAUCAGCCAAAGUUGGGACGGAAAACCUCCGCAUAACAUUUGAUUGUUGCGUGUCGGAAAUGGAGUGACAGACCCAUGGUGUCCUGACAGAAGGGUUCUAGUUGUGGAGGAAGCUGCGACAGCCGCAAUACUGUGAUAUUUAGUUCCAUGGCUAAUAAAGCAGCCAUCUUGCUAAGUGUAACUGUAAUUAGACCACCAUUAAUUCAGGAAAUUCAGAAAUUGUUUGAAUGCCUUGGGAUUUUUUUUAAUUUUUGUAUAAAAGUCAGGGGCCCUAUUUGAAACCUUGGAAACGGAAGGUUCUCUGAAACUGUUGAGCUUCGUCACAUUAUGAGGAUGGCCGUGGAUAUGCGCUCAGUAACAGACUGACAACACUUUCAAAGCCCAUGUGACACGAGAGCUUAAGCCUACGGCGACGACAUUUUUUAAAUUUCAAAACAAGAUUUGAACCAUGUACAUCUUACAUGAACAAGGGCCACUGAUCAACAUUCCCCUCCUUUUUUUUCUUUUUUUUUAAAAAGAAGAGCAGACUUUAUUUUUGAUUAAAUGGACACAAACGAGCUGGGAGGCCAGUAAUAUUUUAUGAUAGUGUUCACCAGGAGCCUGGUUAGGAUCCGCUGUUUUAUUGAGAUUGAUCUUUGGCUGGAUUUGAUGUUUGAAAUAUCAAUAAUGGGGUGCAAUGUUUAACUGAAGGCCAUUUUACUCUAAAUAUCAGUUAUUGCUAAUGUUAUUGCCAAUGCCCUUUAGUGUGCUGUUUGUCAUGAAAUGUGCAAAGAGCAAACAUUUGCUUAUUGGUGUCAAAUGUCUUAAAAUGCAUCUUGUUUUUUAUGAAUGGAGUUGUUCCUUGUUCAGACUUGGUGGACCAACCCUGGUUGGUAGGAAUAAUGGGAGUGGAGGUGUUCUAGCGGUAAAACCUGUUCUGCCUUGAAAUGUAUUCUGUUCAGGACUUCUGCUUUCCUAUUUAAUUAUGUCACUGUCUAGUUAAAACCUAAUCUGCUUUUAACAUGAGUAUUUUUCUUUUCUUCUUCCUAUAGAGCUGUUGCUCUUUGGUUUUCCUUCCAAAUGUCUCCAAUAUUAUGUUUUCUUAUUUUGUGGAGUUUCACUGGCAAAGAAACACGUUUGGAAGUAAAAAGUCAGGUUUUAACAAGACAGUAGAGAUGAUUUUUGUUCUUAGCAUGAUAAAACCUACCUCCACCCGGCUGCAGUCUGGUCUGUAGUGUUUUUCUGGUUGAAAUAUUGUACAGAUUCUUUUU